AAUUACAUCAACAACAAUGGACCAGUUACCCCCAAACUUAACUGGUCUGCUCCAAAAGAUGCUACUUGGAUCAUUGCUACAAAUACCAUGAAGUGUGAAAACGCAUCUGAUAUCUACUUAUUACUAAAAUCAUCUAACUACAUUACUCAUGAUCUUUCAAGCGCAUUUGAUGAAGUGAAACCAGAACAAGAGGAGUUGCUUAGAAAAUGGUUCAAUAUCAAUCCAGCCUUAGAGUUUAGAUGUUUUGUUAAAGAUAGAAGAAUCAUCGGGAUCACACAAAGAGAUUUGAACUAUUAUGAUUAUCUUGACAAUCUAUCUGAAAAGAUCAGAGACUUGAUUGAUGAGUUUUUCGAAGAUGUUUUGGCAGAAUCGUUUGCUGAUGAAAGUUUUGUGUUUGAUGUCUAUCUACCAAGACCGUUCGAUAGAGUUUGGUUAAUAGAUAUCAACCCAUUUGCUAGAAAGACUGACUCUCUUUUAUAUACAUGGCAUGAAUUAGCUACAACAGAAGUUGACGAUGAUUUUGACUAUGGACUAAGACUAAUUACAGAAACUAAUAAGGGAAGGUUCGCUGUGAAAGAGCAUUCUGAGAAUCAAGUUCCACAAGACGUUGUGGAUGCCAGUUUAGAUCCUUCAAUGAUGGUCGAGCUAGCCAAAGAGUGGCAAGAGUUACAAUUGAAGCAAGAAGGACCAGCAUGAAAUCAACGAUUGAUGAUUUGUAAUUUGUUUAUUGUAGUUAUUCGGAUAUAUCCUAAAACAGUUCAGAGAAAAUCAGUUUCAAUCUUUUACCAUCGACAAAGAAACCUCAGUCUACAAUGGCGUCUUGGGAUAGUGAACCUAGUACAAACCAGUCCUCGUCAUCAGAUUUCCACAGCGCUGAACAUGAUGGAAUCAACGUGCUUAAUGAUGUGUUGCUUGUGUUGG